CAUCUUCUCGACUCCGAAUAGACUCAUUUUGUCUAACGAAAUCUGAUCGAGGACGUUUUAUGAAUGUAUCAAUUAGUAAUAAUUAAUUGAAACCUAGCUCUUAUGGGACAGGACAACAAGAAUAAAUAGGGCUACUUGAUUGAAAUUGAGAUUGAGACUGAAAUCAAGAACUCAGCUCAUCUUCAAGGUUGACAAAGACCAAUUACAUAUUUCCAACUCAUCUCAUCUUACCACAUCAGCUACAAAUUCUCAUAUCACACUUACGACAAAUCAACAUGUCUAUCCAAAUCCGCAAAGCGACUGAAUCUGACAUCCCAUCUAUCAUAGAUACCUACUUUGACGCAUUUCGCGAUCAUCCCCUCACUCUAAGAGCCUUCUUCCCAGGCUCGGAACCUGUGAGGCAAUGGUGGGCUGAGGGAAUAGGCGCUGACCUACGAGACCCUAGCACUCACUACCUAGUUGUCACCGACUCAGCUUCUGCAGACCCUGAGAGGAUUCUUGCCUUUGGGAAAUGGCGCGUGUGGCUCACAUCCACAACCCCUCCAGCACCACCAAUACCUAGCUGGCCUGAAGGUGCCGACGUCCCCCUUCUUGAGAAGUUCUUCGGUGCGAUUGAUCAAAAGCACAAGGAUAUCUUGCAAGACCGACCGCACUGGUAUCUGGAUAUGCUAGGUGUUCGAAAGGAAGCCCAGGGCAAAGGUGUAGGGACUCGGCUUGUGGAGUAUGGUGUCACCAAAGCUGAUGAGGCUAGAGUCGAGGCAUUCCUAGCUGCCAGCCCGGCUGGUGCCCCUUUAUACCAGAAGUACGGAUUCGAAAUACAUUCGACAUUACCGAUGGGUGAAAAUGGACGGGUCGAGACUUUUAUGCUACGGCCAGCUAAGAAGGCCUAGCUUCGAUAUCAUCAGCGUGGGAGUUACUGGACAACGAGGACAAUGAGGCCAAUGAGGACCAUAACAACAAGCGUAGGUAUAGACAAGGAAAUAUUAGAUACUGGAAGACGGUUGUUAAUCUAGGUACCUACCUAGCGGGGCAUACUCAGGUACAUAUAUGGAUAACAAUAAAGUUCAAGGUCACGCAG